GUCAAAUACGUGUCUUCUUAUUGACUGAUUAUUAUAAAAAGGUGUAUUGUAAUAUAUGUUUUUCUAGUGGAAUAAAAGUGAUAAUAUUCAAUUAUAGUGAUAUUAUUAAAGAAUUUAAAUAAUAUGUUAAACAUGGAAUCUAUGACAAGAUACGUAUCGCCUGUCAACCCAGCCGUCUUCCCACACUUAGCAAUAGUCCUAUUAGGAAUAGGAGUCUUUUUUACUGCCUGGUUUUUCGUAUACGAAGUGACCAGCACAAAAAAUACCAGAUACAUUUUCAAAGAGUUACUUGUAUCUUUAGUGGCUGCAAUCUUUUCUGGUUUUGGAACAUUAUUCCUAUUACUAUGUGUGGGCAUUUACGUAUAGCACUGAGCUCUCUACAUGAAUCAUUCCCUUACUAAGUACUUCUCUCAAAAGUUGCAAUAAAAUCACAUCAUUUCUUAUAUGGUACACAAGGCAAUAUAUGCAAGUGAUGACAAAACUAACAAGCGAGACCAGCUUUCUGCCUGCAUUUCUGCAUCAAUGCUCUAAGCAUGAACUGGCGUCGUGAUAGAGCUCGAACAU